CCUCGUGUGACGCAAUCGAGAAGCGACUGCUGUUGGAGUUGGGAAAUUGAGCGUUGACUGGUUUGCUCUAAAAAAAAUAAAAAAACUUUGAUGGGUGUUGUGAAACAAAAAGGGUUCUUUCGACGCCACAACAUACGGGGCUUUUUAAAAACCAAAAACUAUGGGGAAGAGAUACUACUGCGACUACUGCGAACGCUCCUUCCAGGACAACAUGCACAACAGGAAAAAGCAUCUGUACGGCAUGCAGCACAACAGAGCUAAAAAGGCCUGGUUCGAUCAUUUUAGAGGCUAUGCAGAUAUUUUAAAAGACGAGCAAGCUAAGAAACCCUGCAGGAAGUUUCUCCAAAGAGGAGUUUGUGAUUUUGGACUCGGCUGCAGGUUUUCUCACAUGUCCGACGCAGAAAUGUUCCAUUUGCAGAGGAGGGUGCAAGAUGAAAGACGGCGCCUGGACGGCUGCGACGACCCCGACCGGCCCGAGCCCGCCGCGGACGUCUGGUUGGCCGCUCGGGAGAAGCGCAGAAGCGGCCGGGCCGCCGCCACAGGCGCUGAAGACGCCCGGGAGGAGGAACGGACGCCGAGCGACGUCCCCCCGCAGAUUUUCUCCAUCCCUGACCUGCCGCCCUCGCUGGUGCCGCCGCCCCCGGGCGGCUGGAAAGUCAGCGGCGACGCCCGGUGGGGAUGACGCCCGCCCGGGCGUACACCCCGAAAGCCGUUUUCCUGCAACACGCUGACAAAAGGAGUACUUUUUGUCCACAAGAAGCUCCUUAACUCACUUCAACAUUUCCCGAAUGCAACGUGGAUGUUAUUUCUGUCGUUUUUUUUUUUUUUUUUAAUAUAUAUGUUUGAUUUCAAAGAAAAAAAUGACAAGAUAAAAAUGUUGGGCACGACCGACAAAGCCCAUCUUGAAAUUGAA